GUACUCCGCUCUGGCUGCUCCGUGAUGAAAUUGAAAUCAGUCUAAAUUGAACCUUAAUAUCACCGCAUGUUCUCUUUCAGCUGAGUGCGGUCCGUGGUCGUCGCGGUCGAAUUGCUAGCGCAUUUAUCUAUUCCUCGUGUUGUGAUGGCUCUUGGUGGUGAAGUGAAUGAUAAAUCGGCAAAAAGUACUUCUGAAAAAGUGAAAAAAUGUCCUGCUAGCAGUAACGGGUACGACAAAGUUGACUAUGAAAAUGCUAAUAAAGAAUCACAAAAAGACAAAGUAAAUAACGAGAAGCCAUUACAAGUGAAGGCAGCAAAUUCGGUAACAAAAAUUAAUAGUCAAGAAUCAAUAUCAAAUGAUAGUAAGAAAAAUGUUAUAAGUACCAAAGAACCAAUAGUGAACGGAACAGAAAAUUCACAUGCAAAAAAAAUUAACGGUAAUAAAAAAAAAGAUUCAGAUUGUGAUAUUAGUAGUAAUGAUAAUACUAAAGUAGUAACUAAUGGAAUUAACAGUGACUUAAGUGUAACGAAAUCGAGUACAUCUAAUGAAGUGCGUGAUGUAACAGUACCUGCGGUCUGCCCAAUUAAAGUUUCAGACAGUAAACAGGCGCCAGAAAAGAAAAAAGACAACAAUAAAAUUAAAGGAAUGACUAAUACAAAUGAUACAGGAAAAAAAUCGGAUUCUGCUCUUAAAAUCGCCGAGAGUAAGAAAGACGAUGAUUUAACAAAGAAUUGUGACAAACAGACUGAUAAAACAAAUGGUGAAAGUAGCAAAAUGGUUAAUGGUGACAAAUAUAGAGAGUCUACCCCGAGUGAAGAUGAUGACGAUAAGAAAAGAGAUCCUGAAGUUUUGUUUAUCCAAGACAUGGGAUUUACUGUAAAAAUUGUUAGCCCUGGCGCUGAACCAUUAGAUAUACAGGUGUCCAGCAUGGAAUUGGUUCAAGAAAUACAUCAAGUUUUAAUGGAUCGCGAAGAUACCUGUCACAGGACUUGCUUCUCUUUACAGCUUGAUGGGAUAACUUUAGACAAUUUCGCUGAGUUAAAAAAUAUUGAAGGCUUAAAAGAAGGUUCUGUUAUUAAGGUAGUCGAAGAGCCGUACACAAUGCGUGAGGCUAGGAUUCACGUUCGCCACGUGCGUGAUCUAUUGAAGUCUAUUGACUUCACUGACGCCUAUGCAGGUCAAGAAUGCAGUUCUCUCGCCUUCCUUAAUGUCAUUACGCAGGGCGACAUAUUGGAGAAAAAGAAAUCUCGUCCAGAAAGUGUAGACUGCACUCCCCCUGACUACAUAAUGCCUGGCAGUGUCGAACGGCCUUUGUUACCACUUCAUCCAGGUCUCACUAAAGAAAAUAAAGCAUCGCAAUGUCUCAAGGUGCUCACGACGUCAGGUUGGAAUCCGCCGCCGGGUCCGCGCAAGAUGUGCGGCGAUCUGCUCUACCUGCAUGUCGUCACCCUCGAGGACCGCCACUUCCAUAUCACGGCGUGUCCGAGAGGAUUCUACCUCAACCAAUCCACCGAAGAAGUUUUCAAUCCACGCCCCUCGACUCCGUCCCUGCUGUGUCACUCUUUGAUUGAAUUAUUGAGCAUUGUAUCGCCGGCGUUCAAGCGCAAUUUUGCCAUGGUGCAAAAAAGGCGAAUGGCAAAGCACCCAUUUGAACGUGUCGCCACGCCUUAUCAAGUGUACCAGUGGUCUUCACCGAUGCUAGACCACACCGUUGACGCCAUACGAGCUGAAGACACAUUUUCAUCUAAACUGGGUUAUGAGGAACAUAUUCCUGGGCAGACACGCGAUUGGAAUGAAGAGUUGCAGACCACAAGGGAGUUGCCCCGCUCCACUCUGCCAGAAAGACUAUUGCGAGAACGUGCCAUUUUCAAGGUCCAUAGCGAUUUCGUGGCGGCAGCGACGCGUGGGGCUAUGGCUGUUGUGGAUGGCAACGUGAUGGCGAUAAACCCUGGCGAGGAGCCAAAGAUGCAAAUGUUCAUUUGGAACAACAUAUUCUUCUCGCUAGGGUUCGACGUCCGCGACCACUACAAGGAUCUCGGUGGUGACGCUGCCGCGUUCGUUGCUCCGCGCAACGACUUGCAAGGCGUCCGCGUAUACAGUGCAGUGGACACUCCCGGCCUGCAUACACUGGGCACUGUGGUGGUAGAUUACCGUGGAUAUCGUGUGACCGCACAGUCCAUCAUACCUGGUAUACUGGAGAAAGAACAGGAGCAGAGUGUAGUCUAUGGCAGUAUCGACUUCGGCACCACGGUGCUCUCACAUCCGAAGUAUAUGGAACUGCUUAGCAAAGCGGGUCAGCAACUGAAGAUAAUGCCUCAUUCGGUGAUCAGUGCGAAUGGUGAGACUGUGGAGCUUUGUUCGAGUGUGGAGUGCAAAGGCAUCAUCGGCAAUGACGGUCGUCAUUACAUUCUCGACCUGCUGCGUACUUUUCCGCCUGAUGUCAAUUUCCUGCAACUGGAAGAUGAUGAAUUGAGAGAAGAUGUCAAAUCUAUGGGCUUCCCUAUUAUUCAUAAGCACAAACUAUGUUGCCUUAGACAGGAGUUGGUCGAUAGUUUCGUUGAGGCUCGUUAUUUUAUGUUUAUUCGCUAUGCUGCAUUCCACUUGCAACAGUUGAGUGCGAAGAGACAGCGUGAUGCUGGCGAACAAAAAUCUAUUGAGGUUAAAAAGGAAGAAGAAGUUAAGGGUACCAAUGAGACUGAAAAAAAAGAAAUCAAACGUGAUACCAAGAGUCAAGAAAAAGAAGUGAAAGACAAGAAACAAAAGAAAGAGGAGAAGAAAGAGAAGGAAAGUGCCAAAAAGGAGGAGGCUAAAAAAGAUGAAGCUUCAACUACAAAAGAUGUUAAAGUGGAGAAAGACAAAGAUGAGGAACUGUUGUUGAACGAUAAUUAUUCUGAUAUAGACACAGAUGUGGCCAAAAAGAUUGUUGAGAGUAUCACUGAUUCCAUUUGCAGUGGUGACAAACAAGAAAGUGACUCCGGGGAACGUUCUCGAGCUGUGGUCGCGUCGGCUGCGCGUGCGGUGGCAUCUCUCAAAGAGUCUGAAUUCGACGUACGUUUCAAUCCGGACGUAUACUCUGCGGGCAUCAAGCACGCCGCCACGCCCGAACAUCUCGCCAAGCAGAGACACCUCGUGAAGGAAGCCGCCGCGUUUCUGCUCACCACACAGAUACCCGCUUUUGUACGGGAAUGUUUGGAGCACACCUCCGCUCCUAUGGACGGCGCCGGUUUAACGGAGGCGUUGCACGCGCGCGGCAUCAACGUGCGAUACUUGGGACGGGUGGCGGCCGCGCUCCGUCCGCACGACAACCUCAACUACUUACACGCCAUAGCGGUCGGCGAGCUGUUACUGCGAGCCGCUAAGCAUCUAUACACCACAUAUCUGCAGGGUUGUGAACCAAUGUGCAUCGGUGGAGCAGCGGCCCAUUUCCUAAACUGUCUGCUGAGUGGGUGCCCGUCACCAGUGGCUAGCGCCGGGGAAGCCCCAGCUGCUACAGGGCGAGGCUCUCGUGGGGGCCGCGGUCGUCGAACUCGUCGCCAUCAUCAGCAGCCGCCGCCACAGCACCAUUCCAGUGAUUGGCAGAAUCUGACACCUAAAGCGUUAUUCCAUCAAAUCAAAAAUGAGCUAAAGUCAUAUUGGGGCUAUGAACUAAAUGCUGACAAUAUGGAGUCUGUAAUAGAGAAACAUGGUCUGCAAAAAAUAUCACUUCUCAGAUCUUUCGCAUUAAAAGUGGGAUUGCAAAUGUUGCUACGAGAGUAUGAUUUCGAUAGCAAGAACAAAUCCACAUUCAGCAGUGCCGAUAUUAUGAAUAUUUUCCCUGUUGUUAAACAUAUCAAUCCGAGGGCAUCGGAUGCGUACAAUUUCUACACAACGGGUCAAAAUAAGAUUCAGGCGGGCGCAGUAUCUGAAGGCCACGAACUCAUUACGGAAGCACUGAAUCUGCUCAACAACGUAUACGGCGCCAUGCACGGCGAGAUCGCGCAAUGUCUACGUAUGGUCGCGCGAUUGUGUUACGUCACCGGCGAGCAUAGAGAUGCUAUGGCGUACCAACAGAAGGCAGUGUUUAUGUCCGAGCGGGUUAAUGGCAUCGAUCAUCCGUAUACCAUCACUGAAUACUCUCACUUGGCAUUGUAUUGCUUCGCCAACGGUCAAGUGAGCACAGCUCUCAAGUUAUUGUACCGUGCGCGGUACCUGGCGUUGCUCGUAUGCGGCGAAAAUCAUCCAGAAAUGGCACUCCUCGAUAGCAACAUCGCUUUGAUCUUACACGCGGUUGGCGAGUACGAGUUGUCGUUGCGUUUCGCGGAACGUGCGUUGACCGUGACGUGUUCAGUUCACGGGCCGCGCUCGUUGAAGGCGGCCGUCGCGCGGCAUCUCCUCGCGCGUACAUUGUCGUGCCUUGGAGAUUUCCGCGCAGCCUUACAACAUGAGAAGGAGACGUACUCCAUAUAUAAACAAAUCUUGGGCGAAAAGCACGAGAAGACCCGCGAGUCAUCCGAGUGUUUGCGCCAUCUAACGCAGCAGGCGGUGGUGCUCCAGAAGCGGCUGGCGGAGGCGUACGCGCGGGCCCCCCACGCGCCCCCCGCCCCCCCACCCCUGCAUAUACAGCCUCCGGGCAUGGCGUCCGUCAUCGAUAUGCUCAAUCUGAUCAACGGGAUACUGUUUGUGCAGAUAAGUCCUCAAGAUAUCGAGCAAUUCAAGGCGGAGAUAGAAAAGAGACAGCUCAAAGAUUUGCCCCUUCCGGGCAUACUGAGCGAAAUGGGCGGCAAACCGGAGAAGCAGGAACCGGAACAGCCGGCCCAGGAGAAACCGGAACAGCCGGUGAAGCAGAGCGGUGACAGUUGAAACGUCCCAAAAUGGCCGCCACCGCCCGUCCGGACUAUGUUUUGUGAUCGGACGCGGCGUAUCGGGAACCCCUCAUGUACUGGAGUUCCCCGUAUACACUGUUACUAUAAUUAUUUGAUUGAUGAUAUUGUUCCUUAUCUAUGAAUGUAUGCUGUAGUGGAUAGUGUGCUAAGGUUUGAUGUAGAUUUUUAUUAGUUAAAUUUUGAGGAUAUUAUUUUGAUCAAAUUAAUUAAGUGUUUAAAUUUUAUUAUGUUUUUUUUUCGUUGCAGUGCAAUAGAUUUUUUUAUGCAUAUGCAUAUAUCUUAUAUUUCGCUCAAAUCACGCAGAUGUAGAUUUAAUUUUAUGCUUCCAUUUGGAAUUUACAAUUUUAUCAACAACCAUAGUAGUGCAAUUUGGACGUAGUGAUAAUAGCAAUAAGUUUUGGUUGUGAAACCUGAAGCCGCGAGCGCGUCUCUAUGUUAUGGUACUGGUGCUAUUGCCGAAGUUUCAUAUAAGAUGAUUUUAUGAAUUGUCCCUGUCAAGUAUUAUUUUUUUUUAUUGAUGCGGGAGCAUAUUGUUGAGAUACCCAUAGUAGUAUCAAUUCAGUUAUAUUGUCAUUGAAAUGUAACAGAAUUUUGUUGACUUGGGUCCGAUAACAGAUUCAUCAUUUCUUUUUAUUGUUUAUAUAUAUAUUUUAGUAUCUCGAUCACUGCCUCUGGUGUUAUUUAGUUCCAGGUUUUAGUAUUUAGUGCCAUAUGUAGUGAAUGUAAGUUCUUUUAUGUAAUGUUUCUGUUAGUCUGUGAUAAUAGUAUGUUUUAUCAAUGUAUCAUCGAGUCGCUUGCCUUUUUAUUAGUAGACCCUAUAAACGAAAUCUGUAAAGAUGCUUUAAUAUUUACAUUUAUUUCAAUACAAAUGUAGACUCUAUAAUAAUUAUUAUAAUCACAAUUUCGUAAAUACCAUACGUUAUAAAUAAUGAAGUUCCGUCUCACGACAGAAGUCAUGAAUUAUUAUGAACAAAUAUUUCUUUAUUAGAUGCAGUAAGUGUCAAAUGCUGGUCGAGUCGUUCAUAUGGAAACAAUCUAUUUAGUAUGUUAAUAUACUUGAAAUAUGUAAGUAGUUUGUCAUCAAUUUAAAAAGUCGACAUUUUUCAAUGUUAUAUAACUUAUUGGACAUCUUGACCGUGCUUAAACAUUUGACACUCACUGUACUAGUCGUUAUAUGAAAACAUAUAUACCAAUAGUCACAAAUGAUGGACAUGAAAGUACUUAUUAUUAUCGUAAGUACUCGUACAGCAUUGUUAUAACCAAAGUUUAAAAUUAGCGUCCUUAUGUCGAGAAGUUAAAUGCGAUGCAAUCUAAUUUGUUUAAAUGAGAACUGUAUACUUGUGUGUGUAUGUUAUUGUGGUUAUAUCGUCAUUCCCUUUUUACCACUGCAUUUCCAUCGCGUUUAAAUAUCUCAUUGUAAUGUCCUAGAUGUUUUACCUAAUAGACUUACCCGGUAUCAUAGUUUGCCAAUAGAUGCUUUGCCGCGGCGACACUGCUUUUAAUACUAUCACAUACUAAUUAUAGUAGAAAUCUUGCAAUUAUUACUAAUAUAAUGCUUCCAUUUCUCAUUUACAUUUUUCUCUUUCUAAAUUUUCGUUUUCUAUAUUGAUUAAAACUUUUUACGUUUGUUAUUUUUGUUUUUUUUUUGUGUUCGUUCUUUAUUAACAUUUUAUGCUAAUGAAAUUAUGUCGAUAAAAGUAGUGUGCGCGUUACUGCAUAGUAUGGGAUAUAUCACAAUAGGUUUACAAGGGCGCGGACUCAAUUCUACACUGAAUACUUAGGUAGUAAGUAACUCCAUAUGAGUAGUUGUAUACAAAUUUUCAUUUAUAUAAUGAAAUAGUUUGUGGGUGUCUGCAACUAGGCCCUCGUUUGAAAAUUUAUUUUAGUUUCUCGCAAAGUAAAUGAAUGAAGAUAAUUGUGGUUACUAGCACUAGUGCCCGUUCAUGUAUCCGAAAUAUAAUAAAUUAAGAAUGUUAUAAGAUGAAGCAUGUGCCUAAGCAAACAAUAAUCAAGUUGUUGUUGUUACAUUUCGUUAACAAUAUGAACAUGUAAAUACGGCGCUGUUCGUAGUAUACUAAUAAAAAUCCGUUUU